UGUGUAAAAACUAAAUCCGUAAAGUGGUUUUAAAGUUUUUAUUAAAAUAUAUCGAUAUUUAUUAACCUAUCGCAAGCAGUGUGACCUUCGUAUUGACGGCGAAGUACCAAUAAAUGCCAUUUUCUAGCGCCUAAUUUUGCGAGGUUAAAAUUUCGCGACCGGCUGUAAUUGUCCCAGAAAAGAAAGAAAAUAACAUUAAUAGAAAUAUAUAUAUAACCGACCAUGACCGCAACCACCUUCAACUUCGCUAGCAUGGCAGCCCAGCUGGGCGAGGAACAAGGAAUUUCAUUCCAGGACAAAUCGCUCACCUGGAACACGGCAAAAGAUGUCCAGGAUGUAGUGGACGCCUUAAACAAGCAGACAACAGUGCACUACCUCAAUCUGGAUGGCAACACACUUGGAGUGGAGGCGGCCGAGGCGAUUGGUGAGGCAUUAAAAAAGCACCCGGAAUUCCGUAAGGCGCUGUGGAAGAACCUCUUCACAAGGCGCCUCAAAACCGAGAUCCCGCUUGCUCUGAACCACCUAGGAGCGGGUCUGAUUGCGGCCGGGGCCAAGCUCACAGUUCUUGACCUUAGCGACAAUGCAUUGGGCCCGAACGGCAUGCGUGGCCUGGAGGAAUUUUUGCGAUCGCCUGUAUGCUAUUCCCUUCAGGAGUUGCAUCUUUUCAACUGCGGACUGGGUCCCGAGGGCGGUACUAUGCUGUCCAAGGCACUUAUCGACCUCCACGACAAUGCCCAGAAGGCGGGAUCGCCUCUGCAGUUACGUGUCUUUAUUGGCGGUCGGAAUCGACUCGAGAACACGGGAGCCAAGGCAAUGUCGAAUGCAUUCCGAACACUAAAGACCUUGGAAGAAAUAGUUCUGCUUCAGAACUCUAUAUUUUACCAGGGUAUUAUAUCCCUGGCCGAGUCCUUCAAGGAGAACGUUCACCUGCGCGUGCUCAACUUAAAUGAUAAUAUCCUGCGUCCCAAGGGAGCGGCUAAACUCGCCGAAGUACUGCCAUAUUUAACUAUGCUGCGUGAAAUAAACUUUGGCGACUGCUUGAUGAAGACGAAUGGCGCCUACCAUUUAGGUGAAGCCCUGGAAGCCUCUAACGAACAACUGGAGUCCAUCGACUUGAGUUUCAAUGAGAUCAACAGCGACGGCGGCCUGGUACUGGUGGGCGCCAUGAAGAACAAACCGAAACUCCGAUACCUAAACCUGGAUGGCAAUUGCUUUCGAAGCGAUGGCUGCGAACAGGUAAUUGCGGAAAUGUCCAAGUUGCCGAACGCUAAGGCCCUGCAACCGUUCGAGGAAGACAACUCCACAGAUGAAGAGGAAGACGACGACGACGAGGAGGAAGGCGAGGGCGAAGGCGAAGCCGGCGAACUGGAAGAAGAUUACGAUGAGGAAGAGGAGGAGGAAACCGAUGAUCACGAUCAUGGCAAUGACACCACCGAAGAAGCCGAUGAAAACGAAGAGGAUUAUGCCGAGGAAACGGCAUACGUCACCAGUAGCGCCUUCACAACCAAGCUCUUUAACGAGACAACGAACUCGAAGGCAGGCGAUACUUUUGCCAUCAACAAGACUAUCAGCAACAAAUGCUCGCCAGAGGAAUUCGUUCUCAGCCAAAAGCCCUGUUCACAGAAAGAUUUUGACGCGCUAGACGAGGAAAACAAACUGCAAGCCCUUAAAGGCAUUAUUAAUCAAUUCACUGAUGAUAAUCACUUGCUGCUGCUCGUCUUCACCACCCUAAAGUGUGCCCAUCUGGCGCAGUCUUCGAAACCAGCCCUAGAACUGGCCGAGUCCCUAUACCAAGCAACCUUCGAUUAUGCCAUAAAAACUAAGCAGGAGAAGCGCGUGCUUAACUAUGUCCUCAAACAGUUGGAGCUAUUGCGAUCCGAGGAGUCCUUCAAGUCGGAGUACAACGUGAAGAGCUGCCGUUAUGCUCUGAGCGAGGUCCUCAAGAAGCCGCAGUUCGCCAACGACAACAUAAAGAAUACAUUUAAAAUCUUUCUCGAAAAUAAUGAUAUCUAGGCUAUGCAACCGCAUCCAAGCCGCUCCAAAGAGAUUGUUUAUAUAAAAAACGUUCCAAAUCUUGGCUUUUUUGGUGAAGAAUAUAAAUAUAUUUAAAAUCAA